AUGAUGCGUCGUGUCGUUUCUCUGCCAAUUUCUCGUCGUGUGGGUGUGGUUUCCGCUCCUGCGUCUUCCGCCUUGUGUGUUCGUCCGCGCUACGCCUCGACGGUGGCGGUCUCCGUGCAGGGGCUGCAUUACGUCGGCACCGGCCUUGCUGCGAUCGCAUUGGCGGGCGUUGGGAUGGGUAUCGGAACCAUCUUUGGAUCCCUUUUGCUUGCCUGCGCGCGGCAACCGAAUCUGACGAAGCUGCUCUUUAACUACGCCAUUUUAGGCUUCGCCCUGACGGAGGCGAUUGGUCUGUUUGCGCUGAUGCUUGCCUUCCUCAUGUUGUUCUCAUAA